UUGUGCAGUUCCUGUUUCAUUCAAUUAUAUAUAUUCAAGCUAAGUGCUUAUUUCAUACCAUUUCAUUAUCAUCUUACCUAUUUCGUAUCUUCAACCAAGUCUCCAUUCUCUAAUCGGAAUCCGACUGGAUCUAUAUCUAUAUGCGAUCAAACUGGGUUACCAAAUGAUCUUUCAGGGUCUGCUGUACGGCAUCUUGCCUUUCCACCGUCUCGUUUGCGUCGGGCCUCUUUGUCACUUGCCCGGCCUCUUGUCUCAGAAGGUAGCCAGCUUGAUCAGUUGGUCAAUGCUGCCUCGCUCAAGACAGCUGAUGCAUUGGCGAGAUCUGAAGCGGAGGCAUUGCUAAAUGACCGUCAGGCAGCCUCUGGACUUGCCGGAAGACGGCGCCGUGGAGCCAGCAUGACUUUUAUCUCAUCUUCAGCUCUUUCUGCUCCGAAUGGAGUUGCUGCCAUUACCAUUUGUGGCCCCAUACCCGCUACGCUUAUGCUCAGCUCACGACCUAUGUCGAGAGAAGCCUCGACUAGUAACCAUCUCUCACCUAUACUGGAUGACGGGACCGUCUGUGAUGACGACGAUUCACGUAGCCGGUCGCCCUCAGCUUCCAUAGAGUCAUCUUUAAUCCCAAUCGUGAAAUCAUUACUCCCUGCCUCUGGAGCGAGUACAUAUAUCGUGGACCAGGCCGAUCCAUCGGCGACCACAUGCCUUUCACCAGCUUCCUCUUUGACAGCUUCACUAGUGCAAGAGCAGUUGCUCAAAGUGCAGCUGCAUCAACAGCGCCGUCGCAUCUCUGGUGAACUCUCGCGCUCAUUGAACUCGCCGCAACCAAAGACUACACAGGCCAAUAUCACAAUAUUAGAGGCCGAGGCAUCUUCGCCAUUAGUUUCUGAUGUUUCACACAUUGGUUUGUCUAGGGACAGCAAUAGCAGCACCACUACCCUCACCACUGCUGUUGCUUCCCUCCAGAAAUCAUGUGCCCAACCUUUUACUCAAUAUAAGCUGGGAGAUAAAGUUCAAGAGGACGACAAGGGAGAGGAUGAGGAAGGAGAUUCAUUUGGAUGGCUCAACCAAACCGCUUAUAUGAAAAGUCCCCUCUCCUCCCGUCUGGUUCGUGAGUACUUGGCAUCUGUGAGUUUACCCAUAUGA